AUGAUGUCUGGUCUCACCGAUCCUAGUGACGCAACACUGUGUGGAGCUGAUGGAUAUGAGGGGGGCACUGUGCAAGAGUGCCGUUUCACCUCCCCUGACCAGAGUUAUCUGGAGUUCAUCGUAGACCUCUACUUUAAUAAGGCUGGAUUUCUGCGCUUUAACAGCACCGUGGGGAAGUUUGUAGGCUACACGGCACACGGAGUGCUCAGUGCAGAGAGAUAUAACAAUAAUACAGCCAUUUUGGGAGGGGUGAGGGCAGAGAAGGAGAGAUACUGCAGGCGCAAUACCCAGAAUGAGAUUAAUUACAUACUGACAAAGACGGCUGAGCCACAGGUGAAGUUGAGACUGACAAAGGCGUCCAGUAAUGGCCAUCCAGCCAUGCUGGUGUGCAGCGCCUACAACUUCUACCCCAAGAUGAUCAAGCUGACCUGGUACAGAGAUGGCAAGGAGGUGAUUGGUGACGUGAUAUCCAGUGAGGAGCUGGCGGAUGGGGACUGGUACUACCAGAUCCACUCCCACCUGGAGUUCACCCCCAAAGCUGGAGAGAAGGUCACCUGUGAGGUGCACCACACCAGCCUCAAGGAGCCUAAACUGGUCGACUGGGACUCCUCCAUGCCUGAGCCUGAGAGGAAUAAGAUUGCCAUUGGGGCAGCAGGCCUGGUGCUGGGGCUCGUCGUCACUGCUGCAGGAUUCAUCUACUACAAGAAGAAGUCUGGGACUAUUCUGUAGUUACAGGCCUAUCACAGUAUGCUGCACUAAAAUUCAAUCAAGACAUCAAUCAUCUACCAAGACAUCUAUCAGUCUAUAAUUAUUGGAUGUAGUUUGGAUUAACAAGAUUGUUGCUGUCUGUUUUUUUCAUUGGCUUGUAUCGUGUAGCACACACGUUUGUACAUGACUAAAAUACAAUUUUGUUGCUGCAGUUAUUGAGAUUUAGAAUCAAAGUUUAAUAUUUAUGUUAUCCUUGUUGUAAAUCCUUUUUGAAAACUAACAUGAUAGGCAAAUGCUUUUAGGGUGGUGUUAUGGUGGUGGGAUCAGUGGGCUGUUUGAAUUAGUAAGACUUCAGCUCCCCCUUCAGCUUAUAUUAAAUACUGCAGGUACAUUCUUUCUCUAAAGUUUUAUAUAACUUCUCAGGAGCCUUUUCAAUUAUACAAGCAUAAUUAUUUUAAACAGAUUGAAUAUCUUUUUGAUACAUAUGUUUUCUGUGUGUGUGCGUGUGUGUGUGUGUGUGUGUGUGUGUG